UGUCAAACAAAGACCUUAUAUUCGACUAUGUAUCUGCCGAUGAAAUACCCACGGCGCUCCAAAUCGAACAGGAAGGAUAUCCAGCAGAUGAGGCAGCAACAGAGAGUAGCUUCCGGUAUCGACAAUCCCAGGCAGGAGAUCUGUUUCUAGGCGCCUACCAGCCGAAUGGAAGCUCUCGGACACUCAUCGGAUACGUCUGCGCUACGCUCUCACCAGACACGUCCUUAUCACAUGCGUCGAUGUCGACACACGUCCCUAAUUCGAGCUCUGUAUGCAUCCACUCCGUCUGUGUAGCGUCCUUGCAUCGGCGGAAAGGCAUAGCGCUUGCUCUGCUCAAAGAGUAUAUCGAUCGCCUGGAAAUGGCUCGGGCGGAAGGCGUCGUGCCGUAUGAACGCGUCCUACUCAUCGCACACGACAAUCUCAGGGAAUUGUACGAGAAGGCUGGGUUCGAGUGGCUGGGACCGAGCAAGGUGGUGCAUGGUGCGCGGCCGUGGUUCGAGAUGCGAAGGAACUUGGCGGGGCCUGCAGAGAAAGAGACCCCGGAGAGGAUGCUCGAGGGGAAUAUACAGAUUCCACCAGGGGUGCUGGAGGCUCUUUCGCGUCCCAGGACGAAUAUCCCUCCGUCAAGGCUGAUCUCCGACUUUCAUCACGCACUCGCUGACCUCGUGGAGGCGGAUGAGGGGCAUCCAGGUGUGUCUGUAAACAAGUUUGAUCUUCUAUGCCCGAAGGCAGACUGUGGUAGCAUCAUCCUGAAGAAGGGGGUCGGCAAGUGGGUAGAACGCGCAAGCGUGCAGGUGGAGCCUACAGGAACACCACUCAAUCCCAGUCUCCCACCUCUACCAACACCACCAGAUACCGCCCAGUGGUGGCUCGUGACACCAUCCCCUAUGGCUUUUGAAAACAUAGGCUUCACGCGUCCAAUCAGACCUCUGAAAGAAUCAGGGAAGAAAAUAAAACUUUUAGCUUGUGCAGAGUGCGAUCUUGGUCCUGUCGGCUGGUGUGAAGAGGGUGGAUCAGAAUUCUGGCUGGCAUGCUCUCGAGUGGCAUACCGUGGAUAAA